GGGAGAUGGCAAAGAAGACGCCUCUCCGGCCGGCGGCCGGUGGCGAUCUCAAGGCCUGCGGCGGGCAGAGAAGGUCGGAGAGGAAUAGGAAGGAGGUGGGGGUGAAGCUGCCGUUGGAGUUGGGUUCCAAGGCGAUGUGCCAGUGGUGCGACAAGAAGCUCCAUCCGGUAGAGAUCAUUGCUAGCCGGAAGCUCUCCGACGAAUACGAGUACUACGUCCACUACACCGAGUUUGAUAAGAGGCUUGAUGAAUGGGUUAAACUUGAGCGGCUUAAUUUUGACUUUGAGAAGAUUGACAGUGAUCAGAAAGUGAAGGAGACCAAAAGCUUAAAAAUGAUGACACGUCUCCAGAGAAAGAAGAUUAAUAUGACACAUGAGGAGAAAGACCAUGAGGACUUUGAACCUGGCAGCUUGCAGGAACACGAAAAAGUUAAAAACAUUGCCAAAAUAGAGCUCGGAAGAUUUGAGAUGGAAACAUGGUAUUUCUCCCCUUUUCCUCCGGAAUACAAUGAAUGUGAGAAGCUGUACUUCUGCGAGUUUUGCCUUAAUUAUAUGAAGAAGAAAGAACAACUUCUAAGGCAUAUGAAGAAAUGUCAGCUGAAGCAUCCCCCAGGAAAUGAGAUCUACCGAAGUGGCCCCCUUUCUAUGUUUGAGGUUGAUGGCAUGAAGAACAAGGUGUAUUCACAGAAUCUUUGCUCUAUUUCAAAAUUAUUCAUUGAACACAAAGCAGCAAAUAUUGAGGUCGGUGGGUUUUUGUUCUACAUUCUCUGUGAAUGUGAUGAUCGGGGUUGCCACAUUGUUGCGUAUUUCUCUAAGGAAAAGCAUUCCAUGGACUCUUGCAACUUGUCCUGCAUUCUGACCUUUCCUCCUUACCAGAAAAAAGGAUACGGAAAAUUUCUGAUUGCAUUUUCAUACGAACUCUCAAAGAUCGAGGGCAAAGCAGGGACCCCGGAGCGGCCACUUUCUGAUCUAGGAUCAGUGAGUUAUAAGAGAUACUGGACCAGGGUUAUUCUAGACAUUUUGAAGCAAAACAACGACAUGACGAUAGUUGAGGUCAGCAAUAUGACUGCAAUCAAGCCUUAUGACAUCUUCAACACUCUACGGGAACUUGAGUUGGUGAAGUACAAGAAUGGCCAAUACAUCAUCUCUAAGAACAGAAAAGUAAUAGAUCUUCACCUUCAGGCUGCGGGCAGUGCUGGGUUGCCUGUUGACGUCUCCAAAUUGAUUUGGACUCCAUAUAGAGCAUAAGGUUAAUGGUAAAAGUUCUUAACACUACCUUCUCUUCCAUUGGAUUAGCAGUAUCUGUUGCGCCAGCACAGAUCUACAGACUUAUAUGGUCCUGGAUUGUCAGAUUGUUUUACUGACUAGUCUUCUGAAAGAGUUGUGUGUGUAUAUAUAUAUAUAUACAUUUUGACAAAUAGGUGACUAAUGUUCCAUU